CUGGGAGUGGGUCCACCAGCUUGUCUCACUCUGAACUAUUCAGACCUUACUGGAAGCACCUUAUUUGUCACAGGCAGCAGAAAGAGGCAGACCAAAGAGUCACAGGAAUAGAGGAAGAAAGAAAAACUUUAAAGAGAGAUCCACGUGAAGAAAUUUCACUGAUUGGUAUCCGUGUAAAAGUGCCCACACAUCUGCUUCUACAUUCAUCUGCACCUGAGUGUGUGCAAUUAUGAAGGGCUUGUGCUGUUUGCUGCUGUGUGUCAUUUUGGUCUUUCUGUCUGUGACAAAUUGUCAGUCACCUGCUGAGACUGAUACUUACACGGAGUGCACAGAUGGAUAUGAGUGGGAUGCGCAGAAACAACACUGUAAAGACAUAAACGAGUGUGAGACGAUUGCAGAACCAUGUCAGGGGGAGAUGAAAUGCUUUAACCACUAUGGUGGUUACCUUUGUCUCCCUCGCUCUGCCUCUGUCAUCACUGCCCCCGAACCCUCUGGCCAGUCAGAGUCAGGUCUUCCGGGGUUGUCCAGUGGGGCUUUCAACCCUUGUCCUGUGGGUUAUGAGGCCCAGGGAGAAAGCUGCAUAGAUGUAGAUGAGUGUGAACUGGAUAUGCAUGACUGCCUACCGAGUCAGCACUGCGUUAACACUCUUGGGACAUACACCUGCCAGUGUCCUGAUGGCUACAGAAAGUUAAACCAGGAGUGUGUUGAUAUUGAUGAGUGCAUGAACCGCUACUGCCAGCAUCGCUGUGUCAACUAUCCUGGAUCUUUCUCCUGCCAGUGUGAGCCAGGAUUCCAGGUGGCAGGGAACAACCGCUCCUGUGUGGAUGUAAAUGAAUGUGAAAUGGGGGCACCAUGUCAGCAGAGGUGCUACAACACAUAUGGGACAUUUCUUUGUCGCUGUGAACAGGGCUAUGACCUGGACCCUGAUGGCUUCACAUGCAAUGACAUAGAUGAGUGCAGCUACUCCAGUUACUUGUGUCAGUUCCAGUGUGUAAACGAACCAGGCCGUUUCUCCUGUGUGUGUCCUCAAGGAUAUCAACUCCUCGGCUCACGCCUCUGCCAAGAUGUGAAUGAGUGUGAGUCAGGUUCCCAUCAGUGUGCAGAGGGACAGAGCUGUGUGAAUAUCCAUGGUGGAUACCAUUGUGUUGACUCCAAUCGCUGCCAGGAUCCCUACAUCCAUGUUUCAGAGAAUCGAUGCGUGUGUCCAACUUCGAAACCAGAAUGCCGUAACCUGCCUUUCUCCAUCGUACAUCGCUACAUGAGCAUUACCUCUGAACGCUCUGUGCCAUCUGAUAUAUUCCAAAUCCAGGCCACUAGUGUCUACCCUGGAGCCUACAACACUUUCCACAUCCGGUCUGGGGAUGAUAGGGGAGACUUUUACAUCCGACAAAUCAAUAACGUCAGUGCCAUGUUGGUUCUGGCUCGGGAAGUCACUGGACCCAAAGAGUAUUCCCUUGAUCUGGAGAUGGUGUCUGUCAAUCCCGUGAUGAGCUACCAGAGCAGCUCAACCCUCCGCCUGUCUAUCUAUGUUGGACCUUAUGCUUUUUAGAAAAGAAAAGAAACCAAGGAUGAAAUGGUUUAUCUAGGUGGGUGGGAUAGAUAAAACACUAUUGAAGGAGGUCUGCAUAACAUUUUCUUAAUAUCUUACCAAAAUAAAAUUUUGCUUUCAGGAUUUUAACAGGGUCAUAAUACAUGGGUUUUUUUUUGUAGAUACAGAAAUAGCACAUAAAUGCCAUGUCCUUUUUGACUGUUUAAAUAUGGAGAGUUUACUAAAAUUAAUACAAUAUUUAGACUUACAUUUUUUUUUUUUACAUUUUUGAGGAAAUAGUCAAAUAUCUUUACAUAAGAUUCAUUGAAUUUAAAAGGACCUUCAUAUAAAAUAAACACGGACACAUCAAAGUAAAAUUGGCACAAUUGUCUAUGAAAUGAUUUUUUACCCACUAAUUAUUCAGGAAACUCAUAGGUUCACUUAGUUCUCUCACUUUCUCACCAUAAAUUCGCACAUACAGUAUACACACACACACACACACACACACACACACACACACACACACAUACAUACAUACAUACACAAACUCUAAUUUACUCUUUUACAUGGACUCAUUCAGAAUGAGUCUAUUUAGUAUUAAAUUAUCUCCCUGAGUUUUUUUUUAUUCUUUUUACUUUUCAGGUUUUUUUUAUAUGGAACAAAUAUUUAAAAUAACCAGGUACAUUAAACCAAAGAAACACUUUGGUUUUGACUAAUGAUCACACAUAAAAGCCUAUAUGGGGUCUAAUUUUUGAUAAUUGAAACUAUCAUUAUCUGAACAAGAUCAUUCCAGAGCGGUUUAUGUAAAAUAAUAUUCUAUUUGUUGAAAUAUUUGGUUAAAUCAAAACAUAUAGUUGUAACACAUAUGUGUUUUAAUGGAAAUAAAGUGUCACCUGGUGCUA